UUUUUGAGUCUCAUACACAUCAUUGAGAAUCGCCGAAUAAGAACAAGGCAAAGGCUUAUUGGCGGAUGUUAGCUAGAAGCUAAGUGUUGAGAUUAUGUUUGUGUUACUUAUUCUUUCGUGGACACGAUGAAUUUGGCUUGAAUUUACUGUUCGUUCAACAUCUCGCAGCUGGUCUGACCGGGGUGUCAGUCAUGUAUCCAUCGGGGAAAUACAGCUCGCGGGGCCCUGCUUUAAUACCACGGAUGAAAACCAAGCACCGAAUAUACUACAUCACCCUCUUCUCCGUGGUGCUGCUCGGAUUAAUUGCCACAGGGAUGUUUCAGUUUUGGCCCCACUCUAUUGAGUCUACAGCCGACUGGACCCUUGAUAAACGCAGCGUCCAUGACGCCCCUCUGAUCCGGCUGUCCGUGUCCAGCCCCAUACCUGAGAGGGGUGACCUCAGCUGUCGCAUGCACACUUGUUUUGAUGUUUACAGAUGCGGAUACAAUCCCAAGAACAGAAUCAAGGUAUACAUUUACCCCCUUCAGAGGUUUGUGGACGAACUGGGAGUCCCUAUCAGCAGCACUGGACUGUCACGAGAAUACAAUGACCUUCUCAGUGCUAUCUCUGACAGUGACUUUUACACUGAUGACGUCACCAGGGCAUGUCUUUUUAUUCCAUCUAUUGAUGUGCUGAAUCAGAACUCCCUACGGAUCAGAGAAACUGCCCAGGCUUUGGCAAUGUUACCCAGAUGGGACAAAGGAAUGAAUCACCUACUUUUCAACAUGUUACCUGGAGGUCCUCCUGACUACAACACUGCACUGGAUGUACCAAGGGAUAGAGCGCUUUUGGCUGGAGGGGGGUUCUCUACAUGGACCUACAGACAAGGUUAUGAUGUCAGCAUCCCAGUUUACAGCCCUCUUUCUGCUGAUGUUGAACUGCCUGAGAGACAGCCAGGGUCACGUCGCUACUUUAUUUUAUCCUCUCAAACCGCCAUUCACCGGGAGUACCGUGCCGAAUUGGAGCGCUUGAAAGAAGAAAAUGGAGAAGCACUGCUCCUUCUGGACAAGUGUAGCAACCUCUCUCAGGGUGCUGCCUCUGCCCGCAAACGGUGCUACAAAGGCCAGGUGUAUGACUACCCCCAGAUCCUGCAGGAGUCUUCAUUCUGCGUGGUCCUGCGUGGGGCACGUUUGGGUCAGGCUGCACUCAGCGAUGUGCUGCAGGCCGGUUGUGUCCCUGUUGUCCUAGCAGACUCUUACAUUCUGCCAUUCUCUGAAGUACUGGACUGGAAAAGGGCGUCUGUGGUUAUUCCAGAGGAGAAGCUCUCAGAGAUGUACACCAUCCUGAAGAGCAUCCCUCAAAGACAAGUGGAAGAAAUGCAAAGACAGGCUCGCUGGUUCUGGGAGGCCUAUUUCAGCUCCAUGAAGGCUAUUGGGCUAACAACGCUUCAGAUCAUCAAUGACAGGAUUUACCCAUACGCGGCACACACUUAUGAGCAGUGGAACAAUCCACCUGUGGUGAAGUGGUCCAGUGUGAACAGCCCCUUGUUUUUGCCACUUAUCCCACCAAGGGCUCCGGGUUUCACAGCAGUGGUGCUGACCUACGAUCGCGUUGAGAGUCUUUUCCGGGUCAUCACAGAAAUCUCUAAAGUACCAAGCUUGGCUAAGCUUUUAGUGGUGUGGAAUAACCAAAACAAGAGUCCUCCUGAAGAGUCUCUUUGGCCAAAGGUCGGCGUCCCCUUAAAAGUAGUGCGAACCAAAGAGAACAAACUGAGUAACCGUUUCUUCCCCUACGAUGAGAUCGAGACAGAAGCUGUUCUGGCCAUCGACGAUGACAUCAUCAUGCUGACAUCUGAUGAGCUGCAGUUUGGCUAUGAGGUGUGGAGGGAGUUCCCUGACAGGCUGGUGGGCUACCCAGGCCGGCUGCACCUCUGGGACCAUGAAAUGGGGAAGUGGAAGUAUGAGUCAGAGUGGACCAAUGAGGUUUCAAUGGUUCUAACUGGAGCUGCUUUCUACCACAAGUACUUCAACUAUUUGUACACCUACAAAAUGCCUGGAGACAUCAAGAACUGGGUUGAUGCGCACAUGAACUGUGAAGAUAUUGCAAUGAACUUCCUUGUGGCUAAUAUCACAGGCAAAGCCCCCAUAAAGGUGACCCCAAGGAAAAAGUUCAAGUGUCCUGAAUGUACUGCCAUUGAUGGGCUGUCACUAGAUCAGACACACAUGGUAGAGAGGUCUGAGUGCAUCAACAAAUUUGCUUCAGUGUUCGGGACGAUGCCUCUGAAGGUGGUAGAGCACCGUGCGGACCCAGUGCUCUACAAAGACGACUUUCCAGAGAAGCUCAAGAGCUUUCCCAACAUCGGCAGCCUGUGACACAUCUCUACGCCUUUAGACACUCCAAGACUGGUCACCAACAUUUUCUUUCAUGCCAGGUUGCCAGUAUUAGUCCGAUAAUGGUUCCUGGUUCAUCUCAGUUCAGGAGAACUCAUUUUUUAUAUCUUCUUUCAAAAUGCAGAGUUGUCCAGACAGUUCUAGUCUCACUGUGGUCAGUAUAAGCGUCCUGUGUGAUGAGGGCAAAAGGGUUGUUGUUGGGCAUUUAUCAGCAUCAAUGUUACACAAAGUCUGAUGUUUGAUGGAUAGAUUGACUGAUUUGUCCCCUGCUGUUACUGUCUUGGAUCUGGACACUCAGGCCUCCAGUUGCUCUGGAAAUAAAGACGGUGUACAUAAUUGUACUGUGCAGAAUUGCUGGACAGUGGUAGUAAUUUAUGAUCCCCAAACAAAGAUUUUCUUUUAUUAUUUUUCUCCUGGAACACUGACAUUAACUUCUAGUAGUUGUACUAUAUGAUAAGAAAGAAAGUAUUAAAUAGAUUGUAAAUUAUGGUGACAUAUGUGCGUAGGCUUUAUUUGUGGGCUGAUUGAUUGAGAUGACACACAGACGUCAAGUAAAUGUUUCGUAAUGCACUCUAACACAAUCAGUAGACCAUUACAUAAAGCUGGUACCAUAAAUAUAAUAUCUGGAGAGUCUGCUAAUUUCUUUUUUUUUAAGUAAGUCAGAGCUACUUUUUUAAAUAUAAUUUUUUACUGUCUGAGUAAGCCUUUUGUUGUAUAUAUUUAUAGCUAUAAAUACAUGUAUAUGAAAAGCAAUGAUUGAAGCAUCUGCUAAGUCAUUUCAGUUGCAUCAGUAAGUGUUUGUUAAAAAAUACUUACGCCUUACAUAUGACCACAUACUGUAUUUGUGAAAAUUUGAUAUUGUAAAAAAUUCACAUGUGAACUUUUUUCUUUUCUAUGUUCCCAUUUGACUCUUUUCACAUUUUGUGCUUUUCAUUGCUGCAUCUCAUCUCCAGUAUUUUAACUGUAACCCUCCCUUUUGGUGUUUUCAUUUUCAUUUUUUAAUGUUUCAUCAAUGUUAUUGGAAUUGAUCUACUUUUUUUAAAGCAAAUUUAUGCAUUGAUUAUCUAUGUGUGUGCCUGUGUGUAUAUAUACAUAUGUAUAUAUAUAUAUACAUACACAUAUUAUGUUAUAAUACAAAGGUUCCG